AUGCAUCCCUCCUCACCUUCGUCAUGCGACUUGCCGAUACGGCCUGGUGUCGGGCCUCGACAGCCCAGCACCACCUCUCACACCUGGGAGGACUCACCACUGGGGAAGGCCAGUGUAGCGGCUCUCGCAGAUGCAACCACCGUUGGCCUAAAAACAGCAGCUUUCACGGCAACCACCACUACCGGCAGCGUCUUGAGCGCCAUUGUGCCGCCUCUGCAAAAAGACAAUUCUUUUCUGUCUUCCAUUGCAUCCGGCGGGCCGUCGCCUCGGUCUGAGUGGUCGAGCAAGACGCGGCAGCACGUGCUGCCGCUUUCCUCCUCAUCGUAUCUGUCGCAUUACCGCCCCUCGGUGGACAGCGAGGCACAGGAGGGCGGAGCCUCUCCAUCGUUCCCCAGAAGCGCAAACGCGAUCGUGACGAGCCGCUCCUCCAUUGCACGCCUAGUCGGGCCACAAACCACCGACUGUGACUCUCCCUACGCCCUUUCGCGCGCGAGCGACACGGUGCCGCCGGAGUGCCUCGCCUCCCCACCCCCGCUGCAAGGAAUCGCUCGCUCUGCUGAGGUCUCCGUCAGCUUGGAAGACGCUUUUUCGGCGGCAGCGGGGCCAGAGGCGAUGCAACCAGCAGCUGCUGCAACGCUCUGCACGCCGCCGAGGCUUACUGGAGUGAACGGCCACCGCUCGCCUCAGGCAGCGCCUGCCUUCCUCAUCGUUACUGCUGCUGCGGCUGCCACGCCUGUUGUCGUCAAAGAUCCAGCAAACUGCAACGACGCAUGCGUCUGUCUGAAAGAGGCGAUGCAGCACUCCGCAGAAAGAGGCGGUGCUUGUGCACAUCAUUCACACGUGCCGCUGCCCUCUACUCCCAGCUCGGCGAGCGGAGCAUGCAAACUGGACAACGACGACGACGACGCCAGUGAGGGCAAUCGACUUGGCACCCCGGUCCACCGCAGCUUUCUGCAACGCUCACUCUUUGGGAAGCUCUCACUGGCUUCGCACACCACGAGCACCCCGCCAUCUACGACGGCGGAUGCCGCAGCCUCGAACGGCUUUGGUGGCCAGUGCUCGCUCUCUCAGCCUGCUGCGCACUCCCCGAUCCGAUGUAGCUCACGUGUCGACACCGCUCCUGUUUCCCCGUCACAGACAGCUCUCCUGACAGGCAUCUCUGCCGCGGCAGACACUCCUCAGCGCCAGCAGAAACGGCAGCAACAGCCACAAAGGCCCCUGUCGCUCAUUAUGCAAACCAAGGGCAAUCCUACACCACCACGAACUGCCGUGUCGGACCAUGAAGCUCUCGGCAGCCCCAUCCAACCGCUACGGCGGAACUCCACGAACGUCUUCGAGGAAGAACAAGCAUCCGCAGCUGCGGCAACGACAGAGCCCCGCAGCCGCACCACGCCGUUUCGCUCUCUGGUGGACUGCACCGCCGCCGCCGCGAAGGGGCCAACGGCCGAAAUGGAGACGCGGGUGUUCCCUGGCGGACUUUUUAUCACGAGUCCCAUGCUGCCAGAAACCCCGCAGGUGUCGCUGUCCACAGAGACAUGGUCCGCCCUCGGUGCCAAAGCCUCGCGGGAAGACCUAAGCGACUCUGAAAAGAUGCCGUGGUACGGUCUCAGCCACCCGGCUCAGUUUCCAACCUGCCCACCACAAAAGAUUGAGGACACAGUCGGUGAGGUGCUGCAGCAUCUUCACGAAGACUCAGGCAGUGCUGCGAACCACCCCUGCCACGACCCCUACAACAGUCCGCACACACCUCGUAGCUUGUCAUCGGUGAGCUUUGCCAGUCGCAGCCUCUCUGUGUCCUCCCCCGGCCUCGCCAGGCCCUACGUUGCCUCCUUUGCUGGUCGGCGAUCCGUUUCUGUCAGUGACCACGACGGAGCUGCUACAGCAAUCUCUGUUUCCGAAGUGCAGCCCGAGGAGUUGGACCGCUGCAACACUCCCGCGUCGCCGCAUACUCCGUUAGGAAACCGCACUCCUGGACCGGUAGGACUCCAUGACAACUCCAUGACACAGUACAGCCUAGGCCACUCGCACUCGCGCUACCGCUCACAGCUGCUCUCCCAGUCUAUCACCCCGCAGAGGUCGGCCCGCCGUGCCUUUUCUCGCCAGACGACCCCGUUACAGUCCUUCCGCUCCAAGGUGCAGAGCCUUAGUUUCGAGUCACAGCAGCAGCAGUAUGUGUCCCAUUACGUCAUCGAUCCGGUCAAAGGCGCCAGUCAGCUGAACCCGUGCCGAUUCUUGAUCAACGGUGGGUCUGCUAGCUUCGCAGAGCGCGACUACCUUGCCCCCAGCCGCAACCCCUUCAGCCUCUACCGGACACUCGAGCCGUACGCCACCGACCUCUCGGUGCUCACGCUGGGCGCAGCGCCUGACAGCGCCUCCCCCGACGUCGUUCUCUCUGAGCACGAUCUAUCCGAAAACCAGACGACUUUUGCGACUGCUCUGCAGCGAACUGCCGUCCGCCCCGACGCGGCAGUCGUCCUGUACGAGCAACUCGUACCUCCUCCCUCGAACCGCCCAGUUGUCUCGCACCGCGCGCAGAUGGAGGAGUCCAUUGCCCAGGGCCCGCUUGCCACUCUCCUUAUUCCGGACGUUGACACGGACGAGUGGCUCUCUCUAGCGAGCCACUCCCUCUCUGCGAGUGGCAGCAGCGGGAAACACGGGCGAACGUGGAGCGUCUUGCUCGAGCAGGACAAGGCCACCACACUGCAUGAUACAGGAGUCGUUUCUGAUAGAUGUGACCGCCGCACCACACCGCCAGCAGCGCAGACGGUAGAUGUGCAGCCGCCCACAAGCGUAAUCCGCACGGAUGCGCAGACAAACGCAGCUACGACGUCGUUGUCGUCGACCCCUGACGUCUGUCCUGGUGCCUCGGCAAGCUUGACGCGGUCAGAAAUGGCGCCGCUCACUGCACAGAGUCCCUUCUGUCACGAGGUGCAGCUAACGACGCCGUUGGUGGCCCCCAUCGAGGCGGCCUCUUCCAGCGAGCUGUGCGAUGCCUGGACAAGUGCAUCGUUGCUGAAGCAGCCACAGCGGGGCGAGUGUGUGACGAGCGACAACGCCUCGCCUCUGCCACAACGUCCUACGAAAAACUCAACCGCCAUGGACUCGUACUCCGAGUCCUCCACGGGCUGCGGCACGGUUUUUGCUGGCCGACCGCUGCAUUUUGAGUAUGACGAAGGAGACGAGGCGGCGGCGUGGGACGGGUGCGAUGAGGCGCACUGUCCCUCCAACCCUACUUCCGUUGAAGAGAUGGGAACUCAGAUGGCGUUGCACGCUCAAAGUUCUCUUGACGUACGCGCGGGAGGCAGCGGCAGCACCUGGAGCAGCUAUGGAUCGCCGAACUACCUUUGUCACACCGUCGCGAAUACCGGCUUCUCUGCAACGGUGCAGCCGAGUCCUGUAAAGGAACUCAAGGUGUUCCACAUAGCGCGUGCGCCUCCUGCGCAGCCGGCGCCGGAGCGUGAGGCGGCCCUCGCAACAUACGACAGAGAGGCGAGGGCGGCUGCUUUGCCUCUUCCAUCCUUCAACCUGAGCCAUUUGGCAAACUACUCACCACGGCUGCAGUUUCUUCCCCCGACGCUGCAACCGCGCCCGUCAUCAGAGAGAGAGGUAGUAGAGCUGUGCAUCUCCUCUGAGUCUUCGUGGGUACGGGGGGCACAGGCCCCCGUGGUGGCUGGCGCAAGCCCGAGUGCCCCCUAUUCGGAACACGCAGACAUCUCCGCCACCGCACAGAUCGGCUGUCGCCUGACAGAGUCCCUUUCAGACCCGUUGGAGACAACCGACACAAGCGAGGAAGAGGUGCCGGGCGAUCGCUUCCAGGCCCACCACGUCUUUCAGUUCCUGCACCGAAUCGCCACGACUUGUGGAGAAGGCGACGUCCGGGCAGCGAAGCAAGAAAACGGCCGCCGCGCAAUUCCGUUGUGCGUCGAGGUGAACGGCGUCACAUGGCUCGCGAUGCAUCGGCUCAACGGUCUGCCGUACGCGGUGAAGGAAGUGCCUGCCGCAGUCUUCAACCUUGCCGAGCUACGCUGUCUUACCCUUUCCGUAAACCCUCCGUCGAGCGGAGAGACAACGAACAGGGAGGCCCGUCUUGAGCCGCGGGAUCCGUACUCGGCAGUUCUCACUGCAGAUGACAGGAUGGAGGCGGAAGACUACAUUGUCCGCUACUACAGUGUCAGCACACCACCGCAGAACAGCAUCAAUCCAGAGGUUCAUCUGCUGCAGUUGGAGUACUUCCCCCGUGGCUCACUGUCGGAGGUUGCCGGGCGUUGCAGCGGAACGCACGGGGCCUUCUCAGCGCAUGAGCUAUCCUCAUCCGUAGUUGGCGCAGGGGUGCUGAGCGGUCGGUUCUGGCUGGAAGCCGUGACACAGGGCCUGCGAGGGUUGCGGGUGCUUCAUCACGCCGACCUCAUCCACGGGUGUCCGCUGCCACUGUCUCUUUUCCUGUGUGGCAACACCCCCUCCGCUGUGCGCUUCAAGUGGAGCUGCUUUGGCAACGCGCGAGCUGACGCUGACAUCUACCCGACGGAGUCGCUACCGGCAUGGCUGAGUGAGGCGGUCACGCAGCUGUACCGGAGGGCCAUCUCUGGCGGCUCUUCAGUCACGCCGGACGUGAUGGAGGUGGCGGUGUUUUGCUUGGGUAUACUCGAGGUGUUGGUAAACUGCCUCUCCGCACAGGUUCUAAGCGGGCGGCCAUCGCGUGACUCACAGCGUCUUAGUGAGCUGGAGUGGAUCGAGGCGGUUGUCAUGCAGAAGAGCCUCGAGCUCGACGCAGCGGGAAAGGAGAAUGGGGAGGAUAUGCAAGCAUUGGUGCGUCUCAUGCGCUUCUUGUGGGAUCUCUCGAACAACUACAGCACCGCGGCUCAGGCGUUGGCGCAGCUCAGCGUCCGUGUCGAUCCCGCCGCCAGGGUUGUGGAACAGCUGUACGAGUGCGAGCUGGCUCGCUUGACUCGACAGCUGGAGGAGCGGCGGCGGCGCAUCCAUCGCCGCCAGCAGCAUGGGCAUCCGCAGGCUCUUCACAGCACGAACGCGGCGUUCUCCUUGCCGACGGGCACGUUCUUUGUACGCUCUCCGGCAAUCAAGGCGGCUGUCGCUGGCGCCUCGAAGAGGCACCCUGGCGAGGUUAGCGAGCUGUCAUCGCCGCCGCUGCGCCCGGCACACGAGUUUUCUGUCACGCGUACCAGCCUCUCGUCUCUCGGCGGCCCUUCACCGCUGCCAAAAAGUCGAAACGGCACCCCGCAGUUCGUCUGUGCAGCGCCACUUCCGCUGCACCACACGCUGCUGAAGCGUUCCCACACCGUGACAGGCAGUCUGUUUCUUCCCUCCAGCACCGCCGCCGCACCGGCUGCUGCUGCUGCUGCCCCGGCCCCUCCAGCAACUCUGCGAGUUGAGCGGACGCUGUCGGAUAUGUCGGGGAGGAGAGGCGGUGGCGGUAUGGUGGGACAUCGAACAAGAUCAGAGCUUCACCCCGGCAUACUCAAGGUGGUAAACCACAUGCUCGAGAAGGCGGUGCAAAGCGGUGAAGAUGGUGCAAGAGACACAAUGGCGGCUCUCUUCAGGCCCGCGGUGGAGUCAAUGUGCCAGCGAGGAUGGACGACCCUGUACGCAGGUUUACCGCUUGCCGUCGCAGGGGUUAUCAACGGUGACGCACGCGCAGGCACGAGCGAGGCUACUGAAGCACUCGUGAAGUCUCUACGACCAAUGACUUCAUUCGAGUAG